AUGGAUUCAGUUUCUAGUCCUGCUACUAAUAUCACUGCCAGUAUCAACUCCAUUCCUAUGCUAAAUGGCAUAAAUUUUAAGGCAUGGCAGGAGAGUGUAAUGAUCACUCUCGGAGUCAUAGUUCUAGACCUUGCAUUAAGAGUUCCCAAACUGCUAAUCUCACUGAUAAGAGUGGAUACAGCUAAAGCUGUCCUUGAGAAGAGAUUUGCUAAGAAUGAAAAGGCUAAAACUAGUACAAUCUUAGCAAAGCUUAUCUCUAUGAGGUACACAGCCAAAGGAAAUAUAAGAGAGUACAUUAUGGAAAUGUCUGAUCUUGCUUCAAAAUUAAAGGCACUCAAGUUGGAUUUAUGUGAAGACUUGUUAGUGCAUUUGGUUUUGAUAUCCCUUCCAGCAUAG